AUUGAGUGGGUGGGGUGAAAUAAACAAUCUGUCAUUUUUAUCUUAAGCUGAAACUGCAAUGUUCGAUUGUAACAGCGAUAUCAUCAACAAUUUCUUAUACACGGCGAUUUAUUUGACAGUGUUACGCGUGAACCAUGGAUCUAGCCAGCCAGGAGUUCCAGAGGAUGACGAUGCAUGAAUCACGCAGUCAGAUCACCCCUCCCCCUGUAGCAAAGAAGCCCACAUCUACAUACAGAGCAGGUCCUGCCCCGUAUCGUGGCUACAAUGACAAGCCCGAAGAUUUCUUCCCCCCGCCCCCUCCCCCACCCACCUCGUCCUAUGCAGACCAUCACUACCCGCCCCCACCCCUUGAGAGCAAGGAAAGUAUCUACCAUGAGAUACAGGACGACGACUUCCCGCCCCCACCCAUGUCAUCAUCUAACGAGUAUACACGAGAACCAAUGUAUUCACGAUCCAGCGGUUACACCAAGUACAGCAGUCCAGGCAUGUCAUCUUACGAGAGCCGGCAGCAGGAGGCGCAGACCCUGGUGCAGCCAUCAGGGCGCUAUGAGAGAGAGGUCAAACAGGCCACCUACAGCGUGCAGAGCACAGACAGCAGUGGUAAGUCCUCCCCUCACUCCACCCCAUACAGCACUUAUGGGUUCUCUCCAAACUACGGGACACAGAGUGUCUACAACAGCGGUCCAUCCCCCACUACCUACGGGGGACAGCCCAAUGUCUACCCCUCAUCAGGAGGUCAGUAUGGCAGCUACUCACCCACCAUGAGGUCAGGAAGCCCCAGCUAUGCCCAGACAGGCUCGUACCCCACCAUGAGUAGCUACUCACCCACCCCAGCCCCACAGGACUCCGGGUCAGGGGUCACGUAUGCCUCGAUAGCCGACAUGGGGGUCACGUAUGCACAGAUCAAACCUCGGUCUGAGCGCAACCAGCCUGGGCCCCAGAUUCCCAUUCAGAUCAAGGUGCAGGACUCUCGGCAGACAGACAACGCUGGGUACAUGACCCCCAGUCAGGCACAGUAUCUCAGACAUUCGCCUGUGCCGGCCAGCUCUGCCCCGCCCACCGCCCAGAUGUCGUCACGGUUACAGCCAGACAACAGGGGAGGUAACCUGGCGUCCAAGGAGCAGGAGGUGGACGCGCUCACACAGCUGUUGAUGCAAGGCCUCGAGGGCACCAAGGACCCUGAUUUCUAUGGUAUUUGUGCAAAGUGUGGAAAGAAGGUGGUAGGUGAGAACAACGGCUGUACAGCCAUGGACCAGAUCUUCCAUAUUGCCUGCUUCGUGUGUAUCGGCUGUGGUACUUUGUUACGAGGGAAAUCCUUCUAUGCCAUGGAAACAAAACCACACUGUGAGCCUUGUUACUUAAAUACCCUGGAAAAGUGCUCCAUAUGUUCCAAGCCUAUCACAGACAGAUUGCUAAGGGCAACUGGGAAGCCAUACCAUCCGGCCUGCUUCACGUGUGUGGUAUGUGGCAAGUCGCUGGACGGCAUCCCCUUUACAGUGGACGCAACAAACCAGAUACACUGCAUAGAGGACUUCCACAGAAAGUUUGCGCCGCGUUGCUGUGUGUGCCAGAAGCCCAUCAUGCCAGAGCAAGGUCAGGACUCCACUGUGAGGGUCGUUGCCAUGGAUAGGAGUUUCCAUAUCAACUGCUACCGCUGCGAGGAUUGUGGGGACCUUCUAUCAUCCGAGGCCGAGGGCCGGGGCUGCUAUCCCCUUGACGACCACAUCCUGUGCAAGACGUGCAACGCUCGACGAAUCAACGCUCUCACCACCAAACUUUCAACAGAACUGUAAACUUUUGGUCCUGGCUAUAUGUACUUAUGCGUAACCAAGCUGGCAAUUGAACUCUAAACCUUUUGUCCAGGCCAUGUAAAUCUGUGCAUGGCAAAGGUGGCAAAUGAACUGUAAACCUAUGAUCCCAACUGUAUGAACAGUCUCUCCUUCAAGAUUUCAAUGGAAUUAUUGUCUUGUUGUUCUUGCCAUAUAAACACAUGCACCAACAAACUUUUUACGGAAAUGUAAAAAAAACAAAACUAUUGUCCUUGCCACAUGAAUACAUGCACCAUAAACCCUUUAACCCUUUGCAUGCUGGGAAAUUUGUCGUCUGCUAAAAUGUCGUCUGCUGAAUUUCUAAAAUUAGCAUUUUCUUCGAUUCUUUUCAAAGAAUAUUAUCAUAAUAGCAAACAGUCUGGAUCCUGAUGAGACGCCACGUUCUGUGGCGUCUCAUCUGGAUCCAAACUGUUUGCAAAGGCUUUCAAAAUUCGGUUCCCGCACUGAAAGGGUUAAGUUCAAAGGAACUGUUAAUUUGUUGUUUUCACUUUUCAUGUAUUUAUGCAUUCUCAACCAGCGGUUACUGUUGUCUUUGCUGUAUCAAUAAACAUGCCAUAAAACAAGUCAACUUAGAUUUGCUACCUGUUGUUGUUUAUUUUAUUAACAUACCAGGAAACUAUCCAUAGAACUGUUGAAAUAUUGAUAUUUCCUUCAAGUGUUUGAAGAACCUUUGCAACUUUUAUUAAGGCUUUUGUUCCUCGCAAUAGAGCCAAAAUCCAUACCUAGUUGCAAUGAUCUUGUUUUAAGACAUAACUAUGCAAUGAACAAUCUGUUCUAUAUAAUUUUUUAUUUGCACAAUCUGUCAAACUAUCCAUUUUCUAUGACUGGAAAAAAAUCUGUCACAAAAAUCAACUUAUUUUCCUUUCAGACAUCUUUAUAUUUGUCAUGCAGGGGACACAUGUACCUCACAGUUGUAGUUAUAUGAACGUUGUAAAUGAGACGCAUUCUGGGAACGAGGCCAUAUGCAUGUGCGUAAAGUGUCGUCCCAGUUUAGCCUGUUCAGCCUGCACAGGCUAAUCAGGCUGAACGCUUUCCACCUAGACUGGAUCUUCGUUAUGAGAAGAGUUCCUUUAAGCAAAAAAUAUCAAAUUUGUGAAUUACAAAGGUUUGCCUGGGAUGACACCAUGCACAUGCAUUAAGCUAAGUUUUUUUCCAGAUCUGAGCUGUAUUAUUUUUGCCAACACCAUUAUUAUUCUAUAUACUUAAUAUGUCUGUGUAUUUGUGCAAGCAUUUUUUGCUGAACUCUCCACAUAAAUAUUUCAGUCCGAUAAGCCAUGAAGUAAUCAUGGUUCACAUACACAUUUUCAAUUUUGUAUUUAAAUUUUGUGUGCUGUAAUUUAUUGUUAAUCUUCUUUAAAUCAAUCCUCUGUCAUUGAAUUUUAUAUCAGCGGGCAACACAUGCAGUGGCAAGUUGUACAUUUGUAUGCUUUUUAUUAAGAAAUGGUACAUUUGUCAAAGAAUACAUAUCUCACUCACGAAUAUAUAAUUUUCUGACUGCUUUUUAAAAACCAUUUUGCUUUAUUAUACCUCCGGAAUAACUGAUGUUUGAGUUUUAGAUAAAAGUGGGCAUUGCUUUCAAUAUAGUUUAACAUAGGAUCAUGAACAAUGUAAUUGCCAUAUUUUUAUUCAAAGUUUUUGAUGUUAUCACACAAAUGCUUUAAAUGAUUACAUAUUUGUUGAGUUUUAGAAUUCUUCACAUUGCACUCCACAGUCUCUUUAUACUUCAAAUAUUAAAUUGUGUGGAGUGUAAAACUUUUGUUAUCCUUUUUCUACUGUUCAUACGUAUCUGAAUAUCUUAUCCUUUUCCAAGCAAAACAUUAUUGUGUCAAUUUCUUAGGAAUUGUUUUCUAAUUCUAUUAAAAAAAAUAAAAAAUAUAUUUUGUAAGGUAUGAUAUAUUUUUGGGGUUUUUGUUUUUAGCACAAUGUGCAACAAAAUGUCUGUUCUACUGUAUUUCAAAUGGUCAUGCAGUACAACCCCAUCUUCUGUUUGUACAAAUGUAACAUCACAAUCGGUAAGAAAGAUGUGCUAAUUACCAACACAGGAAAAGAAAAAAAUACAGUUAAAUCGUGCUGUAGUUGAUUAACAACACCUGAAAAAACUCUUGGACAAAUACAUUUUGUUUAAACGUGCUGUAGUGUAAGUCAUCAUGUAUUUUACACUGGAAGCCCUCAGUAUUGCAAUAUUUUCUAUUUUAUAUGCUUUUAUAUGCUGACAACAUUUUACUCACAUUAUCUGCUUAUACCUGUUGCAUGGUAAACAUUUUUAGUACUAUUUUGUUUGUAACUGUUAUCUUUUUAGAUAUUUUUUACUUGUUUUGCCUUUUUAUUUAAAAUACGUCAGGUGUGUGAAUGUGUUCAUUGUUUUGUUUUCCUAUAUAUUUGAUCUGUUUUCAAUCAUUACUCAAACUGCUUCGUUGUAAUGGCACAUAGAACUACCAUAUACUUUGGGCUUUUGUACAAAGCGAGCCUAUUUUAAGGCUUUAUUCAGUAUAUUGUAUGUAAAUUUCGCAGUAAAUAUUAAUUAAUAAAAUCGAAACCUUAA